CUGCAGCACAAAAUGCAGGUGGCGAGGGUGGCAUCAAAACUCCCACAGUCUCCUCCCAGACCCCACGGACCCCUGGCACUUCGCGGUAUGAUACCUUUAGGGAUAAGGAGAGGAAGAUCGGCCACAGGAGAGUGGGAGAAGGAGGUAUCGUUACAUACAAAAAAAUUGGGACUUCACAACUUAUGGCAUCAAUCCAGCUGGGUAUCCAACAAGCAGUAGGGAGCCUGGCAAGCAAGCCUGAUCUGGAUGUUUUAAUCCAGGAUUUUUAUGUUGUAGAAACUAUUUUUUUUCCUUCUGUUGGUUCUCAGUCAACACCAGCUCAUCAGUUUUCUGAGUUUAGAUUCAAAGUGUAUGCACCCAUAGCAUUUAGACAUUUUAGAGAUCUGUUUAAAAUUCAACCAGAAGACUAUCUUGUUUCACUGUGCAGCGAGCCUCUUCGGGAACUAAGUAAUCCUGCGAGUGGCAGCAUAUUUUAUUUAACAAAUGAUGAUGAGUUUAUCAUCAAGACAGUGCAGCACAAGGAGGCAGAGUUCCUUCAAAAGUUAUUGCCAGGAUAUUAUAUGGUAAGAUUGGUAUUCUUCUGUUUCUCUUCUCUCUUCCUUUUUUGCUUCCUUUAUUUCAUUCUCCAUCUUAGAUUUAUCCCUAUUAUAUUGGCACACAGCAUAAGAUAUGAAAAAGUGACCAGGAUCAUAAUUGGUGUUAUAAAUCUGAACAGAAUCCUAGAACAUUUUACCAAAACAAGAGGUCCCAAAGUUUUGCGUGUGGGUUACAUUGUCAGCCAGUUCGCCAUCAUAAGAUUAACCCAAGCUACCAGUGAUAUGAACACAGUAUGCGAUCUGGAACCUUCGCAUCAGACCUUGAGAGACAAUAAGAGAAUUUUCAAUAUGAUUCCAGAAUUUUUGUGUUACUUGUUAGCAUCUUGUAAUGCCAAGAAUAUUAGGUUGAUAACAAUGAACAACUUACUUCCGUCAUCAAUAAAGAUGCAUCAGAAAUAUGAUCUAAAAGGUUCUACGUACAAAAGAAAGAAGGUGAUGGCUAAGAAUCCUAUAUCCCAAUUUGGAAUUUGUUACAUGGAAGCUAGUAAGUAUGAACGAAGCAAAGAAUCCCCAACAUUUAAGGACUUGGACUUUAUGGAGCACCAUCCUGAAGGUAUUCUACUAGAAGCAGAACCUACAAAGCUCUUGAAAUAUUCUUUUGUUGAUUUGAAUAAUGUAUUAAACUUAGACAUGAAUGGAUGGCAUGUGCAUGGUUGCCAUGCCCUUUGGGUGUUUAAGCUAGGAAUUGUUUUUACAUAUAGAUGGCUCCACAAGUACCAGGUCACCAGUGAGCCAGUUACAAGAAGUAUUAACAUCUUUCAGAUUAUGGACUAUUCCUUAUUGGUGGGCAUUCAUAAUUUAGAUCUUGCAGCCAGAAAGAAGGCACAAGACAAAGAGAAAAAAUUAAAUGGCGGAGAUGGUGGGCCAGCAGAAGAUGGGAGUGGAGAGGUGGAAGGAGAAGGGACUGGCCUGACCCGAUCCCGCUCAAUCAAUCGACACAAACUUGUAGCCCACUCAACUGCCAUGGAAUCCAUCCAAGCAGAUUCUGAUCCAAUAGAUGAGGAGGACCAUGUCCCGCCUGGAGGCAUUCCAGCAAGAAAUGCAAAAGGAGAACGACUGUUACUCUUCCUUGGUAUCAUUGAUAUUCUGCAGAGUUACCGCUUGAAAAAGAAAUUAGAGCACACAUUCAAGUCCAUGAUUCAUGAUGGGGACACGAUAUCAGUACAUCGACCAAACUUUUAUGCACAGAGGUUUCUGAAGUUUAUGGAAACCACAGUCUUCAAAAAGAUUCCAUCAC